AUAAGGGGAGAUGAACAAUACAUAAAAUUUUCGAAUUCAAUUUGUGGCUUCUGUUACACUUAUUUAUUUCAUUUUUAGUAAAUUCUGUUAUUCCAGUUGUUAUAUUUUUUAGUUUAAAAAUUUCAAUCACUAUGUCAAGUAAUGCUCCUGUAGAUCCUGUAAGAGAAAAAAUUCUCCAAGAAAAUCGAAAGAAGCUUAUUGAACACAAAGAAAUUGCUAGUAAAUUAAAAGGAAUGCGAGAACAAGCUAAAGAGCUUACUAAGCAAUAUGACAAAUCUGAAAAUGAUUUAAAAGCUUUACAAAGUGUUGGCCAAAUUGUAGGUGAAGUACUGAAGCAGUUAACUGAAGAUAAAUUUAUUGUAAAAGCAACAAAUGGUCCACGUUAUGUAGUUGGAUGUCGCAGACAGUUAGAUAAAGCAAAACUUAAAGCAGGAACUCGAGUUGCAUUGGAUAUGACUACAUUGACAGUUAUGCGAUAUUUACCUCGUGAAGUGGAUCCUCUAGUUUAUAAAAUGUCUCAUGAAGAUCCUGGCGACGUUACAUACUCGGCCAUAGGGGGUUUAUCGGAACAAAUCCGUGAGCUCAGAGAAGUUAUUGAACUACCAUUAUUAAAUCCUGAACUAUUUCAACGUGUUGGUAUCACUCCACCUAAAGGUUGUUUACUCUAUGGUCCUCCAGGAACAGGAAAAACAUUAUUAGCCAGAGCUGUUGCUAGCCAGUUAGAUGCUAAUUUUUUGAAAGUAGUAUCAAGUGCUAUUGUAGAUAAAUAUAUUGGUGAAAGUGCUAGGCUCAUACGUGAAAUGUUCAAUUAUGCUAGAGAUCAUCAACCUUGUAUUAUUUUCAUGGAUGAAAUUGAUGCUAUUGGUGGUCGUCGAUUUUCUGAAGGUACUUCAGCAGAUCGAGAAAUUCAAAGAACACUAAUGGAACUUUUAAAUCAAAUGGAUGGUUUUGACUCUUUAGGACAAGUUAAAAUGAUAAUGGCAACUAAUCGACCAGACACUUUAGAUCCAGCAUUAUUAAGACCUGGACGUUUAGAUCGCAAAAUAGAAAUUCCUCUACCAAAUGAACAAGCUCGGCUAGAUAUUUUGAAAAUUCAUGCAGCUCCAAUUACAAAACAAGGCGAUAUUGAUUAUGAAGCUAUUGUAAAAUUAUCAGAUAACUUUAAUGGUGCUGAUUUGCGUAAUGUUUGUACAGAAGCAGGACUCUUUGCUAUAAGAGCAGAAAAAGAUUACGUAACUCAUGAAGAUUUUAUGAAAGCUGUUCGUAAGGUAUCUGAUAACAAAAAUUUAGAAUCAAAACUUGAUUACAAGCCUAUAUAAUUAAAACAUAUUUGAUGUAAAUUAUGUUGAUAACAAGUUUGUAUUUAAUAAUAAUAUUAUUUUCAAAAGUUAAUGAGAUAAAAUAUGUUAAUAAUACAAUUUUUAACUUAAAUCUACACAUUUUUUGCUGUUGUUUAGUUCAUUAUCAGAAAUCAUAAUUAUAAAAAGAAUUCUUUGAAAAUGAAAUAUAAAAAAACUAUGAAAUUAUGUAUAUCAUUUAUAAUUAUAUUAUUUAAUAAAUUUAUUAUUUGAAAAUGUCAUUAA